AUGGUAGUCCUUGUUAACGUUCCAGUCAUUUUGGGGUUAUCCUGUAUUACUAUCACAAUUUUUAUCGCUAUUGCUGUAACCAAACCAUGGCUAUAUUUUUGUGAUAUGAUUAAGAUUAUGGUUAUAAGCAUUGUAAUACAGUUAGCAUUAGGAGAAACCAGCGGCUCUCCUUCUUCGUCAGAAAACCGCGACGCGCUGCUGGUGUUCGCGUCGUACGGCCUGUCCAGCAUCCCGUGGGAGGCGGUCCUCAGCUAUUACCUCUCUUCCCUCGGCAUCCAGCAGGAAGAGGCUUCGUGGCUAGGGCUCGUCGCCGUGGUCUCCUCGGCCGCCGCGGGCCUCCUCGCCGCCCGCCUCACCGACCUGCUCUACGGCCACGCCCUCCCCUGCGUGCUGGCGCUCAUGCUCGCCUCCGUCGGGGCGCUAUACUGGCUCUGCCUGCUUUCGUGGGGCACCAUCCCCGCGGCCAAGUGUAAUGCGCGGUGCUGUUUCUUAUCAUGCACCAUUCUCUAG